AUGGAUCCAUUUGAACUUCUCCCUUUACUUGACCAGCAAGGAGAAGAAAUUAUCCAGAGCGGAAAUGACUACUACAGGCCAUCUUUUCCAUUGAAUUUAUCAACUCAAUCUUUUGUUGAAUUAUUUCCAAUUGUUAUUAAUACGUUCAACAAAAGAAUCAUGACCGGAUUAUGCUAUAAUAUCUCACCGUAUAUCACAAAGAAUAACUUUUUAUUCGAUAAGAAGCAAAUCCAAGAACUUUGGUUAAAAUUUGGAGAAUUAUUACCAAAUGUUAUUGAACAACCAGCAUUUUCGGGAUUCCUAGAAGGUGUUUCAAUGCUUUCUCUUUAUUAUGGCAAGGAAUCUAAAGAGUUUUUCAAAUUUUUAGCUCGAUCAAGCGAAAAAUUCACUCAUCAAGCCGCAUUGAUCCUUGCAAACUCAUAUCAAUACAUCAAUAAUGACUUUUUCAAGUAUAAUACAGUAUUUGUUUGUAAUUUAAUGAUCCAAAACAUAGAAACAUUAACUCCAUCACAGCAUUUGUCAUUUGUUCGUAUGAUGGAUCUAUUUGACUACGAAAAAAUCACUCCUGAGUUAGAAGAAACGUUUAUUUACUCAUUAUGGAAAAUUCUCUUCAAUAGUGUUGAAAAAGCACCAGGAUUAGCUCAAGAAUUUGCAGGAGCUCUUCAUAAGAUCUAUUUGGCUCAUCCACAAUUGUUCAACAAAGAAAAUAAAUAUCUUAGCGAAUUAUUUGACGACGAAACUAACAAAUCAUACCAAGAAUGGCUACAGUUGUUAUCAAAUGUCAUAGUUUUCACACCGUUUUUCUGUUUCAGUGAUAUUGAAUAUUUAUUCCAUAUUUUUGUUUCUUAUGAAGCGAUGUACAUGGGAGAAACAUACUCUGUGCAUACAAAGAGUCUCAGUGCACUCGAUUCCAUCUCCGGAUUGUUUACACAUGUCCAAUUAAACCACAUUUUACAUAUUCUCAAAGAUGAACUUUCUUCGGCCAAUUAUCCAGCAAGUAUAGCGAUCUGGAGCGUAAUUGAAUUUUUCCUGGCCAAUUUUGAAGAAAAAAGUUUAAAUGAACUUAUUGAUGCGAUAAACUUAGGAUUUACUAACAAUUAUCCACUCAAAGGACCAUUAUUCUAUGCAAUAAGGAACAUUGCAAACCAAUUGACCCAUAAACAUGAAGAAUUUAUUUCAUCAUUGAUUCCUCACAUACAAGAGUCAAUGGCAGUAGCAUACGGAGAUGCCGGUGUACAAGCAAUGCACAUGAUGAUCGAUUUGCUCGAUGCAGAUAUCUUCGAAGCCAGAUUAUCUCUUUGGAAAAUUAUUGAUGCAGGAUUGAAUGCUGCAAAGCAUGUUAUACCUGUGUAUUUCGACUAUUUGGUUGCAUGUGCUCGUAAGAUUAAUGACCAAACUGAGCAAGAUGUCACUUCAAUCGCUGUUUAUUUACUUGGUGUUGCAGAAACGGCCGGAUUGGAUGGAGACAUCAGGAACAAGGCUCUUGAAUCGAUCAGCGAGGUCAUGGAGUACUAUCCGAAAGUAUUAUCUGAAACAAAAGGAAAAAUUGUCCCUGUUUUAGUUGAAUUACUCGAAAAGUAUAAGGAUAAGAGAUCAGCAGAGAAUGUUUUAUCAUUCAUAGACUUAGACAAAGAAGACCAAUUGAAGAAUGCCGUUCUAAAAGCCUUGAAUGAUAAAGAAAAUCAAUUCAGAACAAAAAUUGCUGUCACUUUUGCAAAAAUUUGUCAAGAAUCGAAAAGUUCUCAAAUUUUCCCAUUAGAAAUAAUUGAUGAACUUCUUUCCUCUCAAGAUGAAAUGAUAUUUAAGAGAGGUAUUAAGUGUGCAGCAGUUCUCCAUAAAAUUAUUCCUUCUGAGAAGCUGAAUCAGAUUAUCUCAAAAAUUGUUGACUAUACGAAGAAAUCUAAGUCAUCAGGAGUGGUCAAUGCAUCAUUUAGAAUACUCAAAACAGUUGUAGAUGGUCUAAAAGAUCCGAAUCUCCCUGUAAAUGAGUUAAUUUACUGCGCACUUCAAGGAAGACUCGCAAUCUUCAAUCAUAUGCCUCCAUUCGCAUUCCUUGAUGAGGCAUUCUCAAUGUACGGAGCGUUCUCCCACUUCAUGAGCAGAUUUCCUUCAAAAUCUCAUCAUUUAAUGCAAACACUCAUCAUGUGGAUACCUUUAGUACCAAACAAGGUCCUUCCACAGCUCUGUAAACCACUCCAAAUCGCUUUAGAUAAGGAAAUAAUGGACGAAUCAAAUGGAAAGUGUCUUUACGAGAUGUUGCUCAAGAGAAUCGUUCAGAAAGAUUACGGACAACAACCUCUUAUCGAAGCAAUGCAACUUUCCAUUGAUUUGGCCGACAGAUUUGAGAAAUUACCGCUUAUGGACUUAUUAUCUGCUCUUGAAGAUGUUUGGGAUAUGUACAAUGAUGAUUACCAUACAAUAUCAUACUUGGGACCAGCGUUCCUUGAAGUUUUGCUUGCAAAUCAUAAAGAAAUUGACCAAAGAUCAGGAAUUACUCAGCAAAUCGCCAAAGCAAUUGUUUCCGAAGACUUUGACUUUGACGGACCACAGAUGGCUGAUCUUUACAUCCAAUUAUACGAUUUACAACCGAAAUUCUGCAAUCCAGACGCAGAUGUAGCGAUUGUCAUGACAUAUUACCUGACAAUGGAUGACGAACACCUCAAGGAGAUCGGAUUCGAUGCAGAUACACUCCAGGACAUGUUCGAAAUCUUUAAACAAGACUUAAAUGACGACAAAACAAUUUUCCCACAAUUGACGAAUUUCAUCAACAGAAAACUCCCAAGAGCUUCAAACAGACUCAAAAAGUUGUACGGAGCUGACAAAGAAAGGCCAAUUUUCGAAAAACCUCCUCCACCUCAAGAUGACAACCACUGCGGCUGCUGCCACUGCCAUGAUUGCGAUGAUCAUGACCACCACGACCACUGUCAUGAUUGCCACUGCGAAGGAUGCCAUCAUCAUUAA